UUGAAACUAACGAUAUCUUCUACAGCACAAUGUAUUGAAGGUAAAGGCAUUGUUCGGCGAGGUGCUUUUAGGCAAAAGAAUGUUCAUGAAGUCAAAGCUCACAAAUUCAUUGCACGAUUCUUCAAGCAGCCAACAUUUUGCUCACAUUGCAAAGAAUUUCUGUGGGGUCUUAACAAGCAGGGUUUCCAAUGCCAAGUGUGCACAUUUGUAGUCCAUAAAAGAUGUCAUGAAUUUGUAAAUUUUGACUGCCCUGGCGCCGACAAAGGUGUUGAUUCUGACGAUCCACGACAAUACCAUAAAUGGAAAGUGCAUUCAUAUUCAUCUCCAACAUUUUGUGAUCAUUGCGGAUCACUUCUUUAUGGUCUUAUCCAUCAGGGCAAAAAAUGCCAGUCUUGCGAUGUGAAUGUGCAUCAUAAAUGCGUUGAAUAUGUACCCGAUAUGUGCGGGACAGAUUAUGUAGAAAGACGUGGUCGAAUAUAUCUUUCAAUUGGAGUUGAAAAUGAUUUACUUAAAGUUAAAGUACGUGAGGCACGCAAUCUGAUACCCAUGGACCUUAAUGGACUUUCUGAUCCUUACUGCAAAUUGAAAUUGAUACCUGAUAACCAAGCUUCUUCGAAAUCAAAGAAGAAAAGUCGAACUAUUAGAUCAACUUUGAAUCCUGUUUGGAACGAAUUAUUUGAAUAUAAAUUAGAACCAGGAGAUGCAGACAAGAGACUAUCAGUAGAAGUUUGGGAUUGGGAUCGAACGUCAAGAAAUGACUUUAUGGGUUCUCUUUCUUUUGGUAUUAGUGAAUUAAUUGAGGAAUCCGUUGAUGGAUGGUUUAAACUUUUGAGUGCGGAAGAAGGCGAAUUUUAUAACAUUAAAGUUAGUCCCAAGUCCGAGGCUGAAAUCGAAAAGAUCAAAAAGAAUAAUGUAGACAGUAAAAAACAUCAUUUUACUCCAUUAUAUGAAAUUAAAGUUACUGAUUUUAAUUUUUUAUCAGUGCUAGGAAAAGGAUCAUUUGGAAAGGUCUUGCUGGGUGAACGCAAAACAACGAAAGAAUUAUUCGCAAUAAAAAUUCUAAAAAAAGAUGUUAUCAUUCAAGAUGAUGAUAUUGAAUGUACAAUGACGGAGAAACGGGUAUUGGCACUUACAGGAAAACCACCUUUUUUGGUUGCUCUACACUCCUGCUUUCAAACUAUCGAUCGUUUAUAUUUCGUGAUGGAAUUCGUUAGUGGUGGUGAUUUAAUGUAUCAAAUACAACAAGUUGGCAAGUUUAAAGAGCCGGUAGUUGUAUUUUAUGCUGCUGAAAUAGCAAUUGGAUUAUUUUUCCUUCAUUCACAAGGCAUUAUUUAUCGUGAUCUGAAGCUUGACAAUAUUAUGUUAGAUAUAAAUGGGCAUAUUAAAAUUACGGAUUUUGGUUUGUGCAAAGAAAAUAUCAUUGGAGAUGCAACAACCAAGACUUUUUGUGGCACACCUGAUUAUAUUGCGCCAGAGAUAAUACUGUAUCAACCAUACGGUAAGACAGUUGAUUGGUGGGCAUAUGGAGUACUUUUGUAUGAAAUGCUUGCUGGUCAGCCGCCAUUUGAUGGUGAAGAUGAAGAUGAAUUGUUUUCAGCAAUAACUGAUCACAAUGUAACAUAUCCUAAAUCGAUGUCUAAAGAAGCUGUAUCAAUAUGCAAAGCACUAUUGCAAAAAAAUCCUCAGAAGCGAUUAGGGUGUGGACUUACGGCAGUGAGAGACAUAAAGGAACAUCCUUUCUUUCGACGUACUGAUUGGUACAGGAUUGAAAGACGACAGGUGCAGCCACCUUUUAAACCUAAAUUGAAAAGCAGAACAGAUUUAUCAAAUUUUGAUGGUGAAUUCACUCAAGAACCUCCAGUGCUAACUCCGAUUGAUCGAUUGUUUCUGAUAAAUAUAGAUCAAUCUGAAUUCGAUGGAUUUACUUUUGUAAACCCAAAAUAUUUGCGGUAUUCAUAA